UAUCCGUCUAUCUCAUUCCAGGUGACGUGGCUGAAACGUGAUGACGAUCAGCUGUUAACUGUGGGGCAAGUUGUUUACGCAGCCGAGACACGCUACUCGGCCGCCCCGUCGAGACAUACCAAUGCUUGGGAAUUGUGGGUAAAGGAUGUCCACCCUUCGGACGCUGGGCAGUACGAGUGCCAGCUGACCACGUACCCUCCUGUGACCUUCUUUUUCACUCUGAAGGUCCUACAAGCAGAGGCAGUCAUCGGCGGCCCGAAAGAAGUGCACAUAGAGGAAGGAUCUAAGCUGGCCCUCGAGUGCCACGUCCGGAAUGCAGUGGCACCUCCUGUGUACAUUUUCUGGUACCAUAACGCCACUAUGGUGAACUACGGACGCCAGCACACUUUGCAGGUCAAUCAUAGGAAUUAUACGAGCAGUUUGGUGGUCGGUAAAGUGAGGUUGUCGGAUGCGGGGACGUAUUCCUGUGAACCCCAUUUGGCAACACCGGCGAAUGUUUCCGUCCAUGUUGUAAAAGGCAACAACCCAGCUGCAAUGCAACAUGGACACGUAAAUUCGGCAAAUUCACACAGGCUGGCCCUCUCUUGGCCAACCUUCGCUAUCUUGGUGCUCCUUUUUCACCGACGUGAAGAAAAACGAAUUGUAGGCCUAUAAUCUUAGAGGAAGUGUGUUUAUGGGUGUUAUCUUUGUCUUCUUCCUUUUUUUUUUUUUUUUUUUUUUUCUUUUUUUUUUUUUUAAGAAAUACCGAUAAGCCAAGUUUAUUUUUUAACUUUUGAUUCUGGGAAAUGUAUAUGCCGGGUAUGUGUAGUUGCCUCCCCUUCCAUACUAACUAAUGACCUUUGCCAAGAGUGUCAGCUGCCAGUUUCGACUCUUGUAUUCGAAACACAUUUUAUUUGAAUCACUACUGUUAUAGGCAUGUCCUUCGAAUCUUAUAUUCAAAAUACAUGCUCACUUCUCCUACUACUCGUAUGGUAUGUGAGUAGGGGGCAUGUGUUUUCGCAUACAAGAGUCGAAAUGCAUUCCGAUACAAGUAGUGGUCAUGUGUUGCGAAUACAAGAAUCGAAACAUACAAGCUCAAGUAAUGGGGUACGUGUUACGAGUCGAAAUACGUAUAUAAGUAUAUCUUUAUAAGUAGGUGGUGUUGAAAUUAGGAUAAAAGUCAGAACACACCAGUUCGCGUAAGGAGCAAAGACAUUACAAAUAAGGUACAUGUGUUUCUUCUACAAGACUCGGAAGCAUAUGUUUCAAACAUCAGCUGAAACUCGUAGACCUACUAAUUCGAGUAGGGGGCACGUGUUUCGGUUCAGAGAGUCGAAACACGUGUUAAUACAAGUAGGGAGUGUAUAAGAUACGAGAGUCGAAAAAAAACACGUGCUUCGAAUAUGAAAGUAGAAACUAAUGGAUCUCCCAUUGACAAUACUCCCGGGUGAGCAUGAUAAUAGAUAAUAUAUAUAUAUUUUUUUUUUUCGUGAAUAGAUUUUACGGAAGACGAACAAAAAUGCAAGAUUUCUUCUUCUGUGAAUAAUACUCUUAAAUCUUUUGAAAUCUAGUCGUGGCUACUGAAAUCUAGACUAUGCUAAUACUGUACUUGUGAUUCAACCUAACUGAACUUGUAUUUUCAUAACCUCUUCCUUGUGAUAUAUCAGCAUUUCGCUAAAAUCUGAACUAAUGUUGUAUCUCUGUCUCGUUUUCAUUUCGCAAUGAGUGUAUCUUUAAGUAACACACUCGAAGUCACUGUUAAUGAUUCUUUAAAGAGCCCGGUUUGUCGUUGUGCCACAGUUGUUCCCUUUACGAGAAAUGUUAAUAAAACAAAAGUCAGGUUGGCUAGGAGUAUAGCGUAUUUAUAGAUCUUACUGCAUGAGUUAUAUUGAUAUUUAAAAUGGUGUAUAUAUGUGGGUACAUGUUACAAACACACACACACACACACACACACACACACACACACACACACACACACACACACACACACACACACACACAAACCCAUAUCUACAUAUGUCCAAAUACACACACAAAGUCAUAUUUACACAGACAUAUACGAAUAUACAAAGUCGGUGCGUACUUUUCCCUUUGCCAACAGAACUCAACUACGUUAAGACAUAACUAUUUUAUACUAACUGAUAGGCUGUAUUUGUGAUAGGUAACUUUAUAUUAAAUGCACUAAUGUCCAGUAUGAGUAUAUAAGGUGUGUGUGUGUAUAUGUAUAUACAUGUGUGUAUAUAUAUACACAU